CCUCCAAUUCCACCAUCCACAAAUGUGCAAGCACGUCCUCAACGCACAGGUCUCGGUGCGCGCCGCAUGCUGCAAGAAGUGGUUUGACUGCCCCGAAUGCCACGCUGGGUCCGAGCAGCACCCGCUCCGCAAGACCGUCGAGCUCGUCUUUGCAUGCAAGAAGUGCAAGAAGGUCUUCCGAAAGAAUUCCACCAACUUUGACGAGGAGACGGAUUCGUACUGCCCGUACUGCGACAACAAAUACAUUUUGCCUGCGAGCUCAAAGGUUCCUGUAGUCACGUUGCAAGCGGAUGUAUCGGCACUCAGGGAUAUGCGCGAUCCGACAGCACCAAGCUCAGGGCAUAUGCGACAGCCCGACUUUGAAAUGACAGCCGAGGAGUUGGCCGAGUGUAACGCGGACUGCUGCGAUGAUGGAACUUGUCAAUAAAGGUGGAUGUUUCGGCUUACAA